CAGAACGACGGACGCAUAGAGUUUUCACUUUUCAAAUAGAGACUCCAGACUUUGGACUUUGGAGUAUAUCACACCAUUCACCACCGAACCAGAAUCGAGAUCCAAUCUUGCAGAUCCCCCACCAUUUUUGCAGUGGAAUAAGCGCCAGAAACAAAAGAUUUCUCUUAAAAAGUCCAAGAAAUUUUCUUAGUUUUCCAUGGCAAAUGGUUCGAGAAGACAACAAUCCACUAAAAUUUUCGGCCGCAAGAAUCUUCUACUCUUCCUCUGCACUUCUCUCCUCCUCCUUAUCUUCCUCUAUCUUGCCUCCCAAACCCAAAACCAGUCUCCGAGAACCGCCAAAUCUGCCAAAACCCCAAUCUUUGAGCGCUCUCUAAAGCCGUUCAAUUGCUAUUCUUCACCUCAAGCCCACCCUGUUAUUGCGAAUCUAGUGGAAGGUCUCAAAUACCCAUUUCUCUUCUCCCUGUCAGACUUCGGGAGUUUACCAGAAAAGCCACACAAGAAUAUAAAUAGGACUCUCAAGGGGAAGCCAUUCAGGAAGCCUGAUAUAUCUGAGACUGUGCAGAGAUUGUUGGAGAAAAUGAAGGGGGAGGGCAAGAGUGGGAUUUUCGUGGACGUGGGGGCUAAUGUAGGAAUGGCCACAUUUGCAGCGGCGGUUAUGGGGUUUAAGGUUCUUGCCUUCGAGCCUGUUUUUGAGAACUUGCAGAAGAUUUGCGAAGGGAUUUACUUCAACCGAGUUGGGGAGUUGGUGGAAGUCUUUGAAGCCGCAGCUUCUGAUCGAUUGGGAAACAUUACAUUUCACAAGUUGGUUGGCCGGCUUGAUAAUAGUGCGGUCUCAGCCACUGGUGCAAAGUUGGCAUUCAAGUCAAACGAAGAGAUUGCUGUUGAAGUGAAGACCAUUCCUCUUGAUGAUAUGAUUAUGGAGUCGGAGUUGGUGCUGCUUCUCAAAAUAGAUGUUCAGGGAUGGGAGUAUCAUGUUCUCAAGGGUGCUUCAAAGUUACUCUCAAGAAAGAAAGGUGAGGCCCCAUACCUUAUCUAUGAGGAAGAUGAACGCCUGUUGCAAGCAAGCAAUACCAGUGCCAAGGAGAUUAGAGAUUUUCUUCGCACUGUGGGAUACCACCAUUGCAUCAAGCACGGAACCGAUGCCCACUGCACAAAAACAGAUUGAUGCAACGGAUUCCGUUCUAUAUAUUUCUUUCCAUUAGAAAUUUUGAUGUAGCCAAACAACAUUUUCAUGGUGAGACGUGGUUAGAAGAACGAUCAGAGGAGCUGGUGAUUUCGCAAACACUGCAGGUGUUUUGUUAAUACUGAUUUUGACACCAAGAGAAUUGCUUUGAAUCAGAGCAGGGACAUAACUACUUCACGCCACAGCUUCGUGAUGACCUUGAAUUGAUUUAAAAAGAAAAAGGAGAUAAAAAUUAGAUUAAUAGAAUUGCCUUUGAGCUUUAUGAUCUUGGAGUGUGAGCAUGUGCACUAUUCCUUAUUUCACAUUAAAUAUCAAGCAGUGGA